AUGGUGGACGAGGAAGACUACCACUUCUUCGGCGCUCCCCUCGUCGACGAGUCAGACGUCCAGCCCUUUCAGCGAUCCGAUCCGGCUGCCACACGGAGUCUCCCCUUGCACCAACAGGAGGUGAAGGACGACCAGGGUCGUCGGCGAUUCCAUGGCGCGUUCACGGGGGGAUACAGCGCCGGCUACUUUAACAGCGUGGGCUCCAAGGAGGGCUGGACGCCCGCCGCCUUCUCCAGCUCCCAGGGCGCCCGCGCCGGUGUGCGGCAGAGCGUCGAGCAGUUCCUGGACGAGGACGAGCUGGAGCAGUACCGCAAACGGCACCUCCAGACCACGGCGGCGUACGACACCUUUGGCGCGACAGCCGCCGAGGCCAGCCGCCGCGCCGUGUGGGAGCAGGCGGCCACCCGCCCCCAGGCCGUGCCCGGCCUUCUGCCCGAGGAUGUCAUCGCGCCGGUGGCCGACAGCGUCGGCAUCCAGCUGCUGCGCAGGAUGGGGUGGCGUCAGGGCCGGGGCCUGGGCGGCAGGCCCGAUGCUGCCGGCUCGAGGGGCGCCGCUGGAUCUGAGGUGAUUUCGGGAACCGCACGUGAAACCGGCGCCGCACUCGCCUCCCUCCUCCCUCCGGCGCCCAAGACGGAUCUGCACGGCAUUGGGUACGACCCCUUCAGGGGCGCUCGCGAGUUCGAGGCUGCCAAGCGUGCCCGGCUGGAGGCGGGGCGGCGGCAGAGCGGAGCGGCGGGCUCUGUACCCCGGCGCCACCCGGGGGUGGCCUUUGGGACGGGGGUGCUGGAGGAGGACGACGCCGAGGGGAUCAUGGAUGAUUACGUCGUGCACGGGGACGUGGGGGGCGAGGUGGAAAGCGUGAACGCCGAUGCGCGUGGCCUGCCAGCCCGGCGGGGCCCGGGCGUCCAGCGGGUGGGGCUUGGGGACAGGCUGUUGGCCGGCGGCUACUCCUUUGAGAUCCAGGAACACCUGGCUCAUGCCUCCUUCAUCCCGGGCUUCAGCAGGGCCAGGCGCUCGACUGUGACGCCCUCCUUUCCAGCCCCAGUUAUUCCCAGGGACUGGGUUUCCCCGCGUCGGCGGGCAAAGCCGCCAGGCGCAAGCGCCCCGCUUCCCAGCCGGCAGGCAACCCCCGCCCUCCUCGCGCGCGUCGUCCCGCCCUCUGACCCUGCCCUGCGCCAGGCCAUCGACAGCCUGGCGUUCUAUGUGGCGCGCAGCGGUGGGGCGAGCGAGGACCUGGUGCGGAGCACGCAGGUCCAGAACGGCGCCGGGCAUUCUUUCCUGCUGGGCGGGCCCGGCUCUGCAUACUACGCCUGGAAGGUGCACACGCUGCGUGAGCUGAUGGCGCCCGGACAGGCUGGACGGGACCAGGGCCCUUCCGCCGGCCCGCCGGCGGCCCCCGGGCGCAAAGCCGCCUUCACGUCGGCGGAGGAGCGCGGGCGGGCGCUGGGCGAGACCCCGUUGCCGUCGCAGCCUGGAGCCGUCGACACAGCGGCAGUCUCAGGCGCAGAGUCUUCAAGAGGUGGCCCCCCAGCACCGCGUCGGGACGUGCUGCUCAGCGUCGCGGCCGCCGACCGGCUGCGGCUCGCGGGGAUGCUGUCCCGCAGCUUCGUGAGCGGGAGCGCCGAGGCAGGUGGGUUUGGCGGCGAAGACAAGCAUGCCCCAGGCGCGGCGCCACGGCUCCCCAUUCGCCGCAGCAAGGAGUGGCGUCCGGCGGCCCUGCUCUGCAAGCGCUUCAACGUGCCGGACCCGUUCCACGGCCGGCCGCGCGAGGUGGAGCCGUCCCGCUUCAAGACCGACUUCCUGGCCCUGCCCGACACGGCCGCCGCGGCCGCGGACUUUGGCUUUUCCAAGCUGCGCAGCGAGCGAGGGAGUGUUCGCGGAGCAGGUGCGGAGGAUUCUGCGGGCCCGAGGCUGGCCGAGGACCCUGCGCCUGCCGCGGGCGGCAUCCACGGCCUGGACCCGGCCCUGCGUCAGCGCGUGGAAAGCACCCUGAAGAGCCUGGGGAAGCGGGAGCGCAAAGAGAAUAAGCGGAGCAAGGAGAAGCGCUCCAAGCACCACAAGGGUGACCUGGCCUCCAAGCUGUACCCUUACCAGCGGGAGGGCGUGAGCUGGCUGUGGCGGCUGUACCAGCUCAAGACGGGGGGGAUCCUUGCAGAUGACAUGGGCCUGGGCAAGACGAUGCAGUGCUGCGCCUUCUUGGCGGGCAUGCUGGAGUCGGGCCUGCUCAGGCGCGCUCUGGUGGUGGCGCCCAAGACCCUGCUGGCCCACUGGAAGGGGGAGUUGCAGGUUUGCGGCCUCUCGCAGCGCACCCACGAGUUCGUGACGGGCACCAGCCCCGGCGCCCAGACGCGGGCGCUGAAAAGCACGGCCGGGGGCUGCGGCAUCCUGCUCACGACCUACGGCAUGCUGCAGCACAAUGCACCCUCCCUGGCCUCCCACCCCUCCCACGACGCCGAUGAGGGUGCCCUGUGGGACCUCAUGAUUCUUGACGAGGGCCACAAGCUGAAGAAUCCCAAGACCGAGCUGCGUCACAAGUGUGAUUACAUCCCGGCUCGGUCCCGAGUUGUCAUCAGCGGCACUCCCAUUCAGAAUAAUCUGAGGGAGCUGUGGGCGCUCUUUGACUUCACCACCCCGGACCUGUUGGGGAAUGCCAACAGCUUCAAGGACGUGUAUGAGAAGUGGAUUCUGGCUGGGAACGACAGAUCUGCCAUGCCGGAGGCUAGGGAGCGAGGCGCAGCAGCUGCUGCGCAGCUGCGCACUCGCAUCGCGCCAUACAUGCUGCGCAGGGAGAAAGGGGCGAUGCAUGCGGCCAAAGAGGGGGAGAACGCUGCGCCGGGGGCAGCAACCAUUCCUGCCGAGACAGAGCGUGCCCUCCCCAAAUGGACACACAAGUCUGACUUUAUCAUAUGGCUGCAGCUGAAGCCUCUCCAGCUAAGCCUGUACCAGUCGGUGCUGAACAGCUCCCGCUCUGCCCUAGGCGCCCUCACCGUGCUGAAGAAGAUCUGCGACCACCCGGCGCUGGUCUCGGAACGAGCACAGCGGGAGAUGAUGGCCGCGCCAACGACAGAUGAAGCCGGGCAGGCGGCCGAUGCAGAUGUGGAAACCAGUGAGGAAGUCGCGGUGCUGACAGAGGACUGCCCGACGUGGCUGGGCGCCAGGGAGGAGGAGGGCCUGCGCCGCCUGCUGGCUGCGGUGGACGAGAGCACGUUCCUGGCCUCCUGCAAGACCGAGUUCGUGCUGGGCCUCCUGAGGCAUCUCGUGGGCUCAGGCCACAAGACCCUGGUCUUCUCGCAGUCCACCAAGAUGCUCACCAUCCUGGAGACGGCCAUAAGAAAGGAGGGCGUGCGCAUGGUGCGCAUCGACGGCCAGGUGGCCAGCGUGGAUGAGCGUGCGGCGCGCGUGCAUGCCUUCCAGACCUGCCCAGACAUCCUCGUAUUCCUGCUUUCCAGCGCGGUGGGGGGGCUGGGCCUCACCCUGACCGCUGCCGACCGGGUGAUCAUAGUGGAUCCUGCCUGGAACCCGGCGGUAGACAACCAGGCAGUGGACCGGGCCUACCGCAUCGGCCAGCAGCGGGACGUGGUUGUGUACCGCCUCAUCUCCUGCGGUACUCUGGAGGAGAAGAUCUACCGAAAGCAGGUGUUCAAGGCCGGCCUGUCGAGGACGGGCACCGAGGAUGGUGAGCAGCACAAGUACUUUGCCCAGCAGGAGCUCCGAGACCUGUUGAAGCUGGACCUGGCGGAGGUGCAUGCCUCGCCCACCCUGCGCAUCCUCAACGAGAUGCACGCCGGCCAGAGGCGGCUCACCCCCCAGCUGUCGGAGCACCUGCGGUUCCUGGAGACCCUGGCAGGGUUUGCAGGCGUGUCCGACCACGACCUGCUGUACACCGAGAAGGAGGCCAACCCGGUGAAGCUGACUCAGCGCGUGGAGGAGGACUACCGUAAAGCCGCCGCCGCACCCCCGGGCACCGUUUCCGCCCCAGCCUCCAUCAAGGGCAGGGCGGGUGGCUCCGCCACCAAGAAGGCUGCAGCAAAGGGCUGGGUGGGUGAGGGUGAGCUGAGCGAGAAGUUUGCGAGGGCGAUGGACCUGCACCGCGGGUCGGGCGAGAGCCGGGCACCGUUCCAGCCGCCGCGCCGGGCGGAGAGCUCCGCGGCCGAGGCCGCGGCGGUGGCCCUGGCCGGGCUGAGGCAGGCCCUCGCGAAGCAGCGCCAGCUGCUCACCAACGCGGCGUUGCUGAGCGGGCUGGCGGAUGGGGGGGCCCGGGUGCGAAGGCGGGUGGCCGAGCUCGAGGCGGAGGUCGCGCAGGCAGAGGCCGUCCUGGCGCGGCAUGCACCUCCGAGCGGGGCCCUUACGGAUGCAAGCACAGAAGACAAGAGCUCCAGCGUGGCUCCAGAGGCGACUUCUGCGUUCGCCAAGGAGGUCGCCCACUUGGAGUGGCGGUACCGGAGGGCGAAAAUGGUGGGCAUGGAGGCUGGGUGA